UACAGACUGGUCUAGUACAUUCUCAGUAUGGAAUCAAGAUGAUGGAAUUAACAGCAUACAAACUAUCACCCAUGCUUCCAAACUCUGAACUUUCUUUAUCAAGUCAUUUCACAAUAUGCUACCCACUCUACAGUAUCUCAAAAACCGUAAACCUCAAAUUUAAUAAAGAUGACACUUGCUACUUAUACAAAUCAGUUGUCAAAGAUCAAUUUCAUUUAUGGACUUGUCCAGCAGCCA